CCAAAGAACGACGGAGAGCGUCGGCCAACUGAAGAAGUCAAAAUACCCAUUAAAUACAAUAUAACGUGUUUGAUCAUAGAAUCUCCUUGUAACGUCUACGUGUGAUCAAUACGUGAUUCACAAGUAGACGAUGUCAACCCCGGCUAGAAGGAGACUUAUGAGGGAUUUUAAACGGCUACAAGAGGACCCGCCAGCUGGGGUCAGCGGUGCUCCGUCUGAAAACAACAUUAUGGCGUGGAAUGCAGUCAUAUUUGGCCCGGAAGGAACUCCCUUUGAGGAUGGUACAUUUAAACUCAUUGUAGAGUUCACAGAAGAAUACCCCAACAAACCACCCACAGUACGAUUCGUGUCAAAGAUGUUUCAUCCAAAUGUCUAUGCAGAUGGGAGUAUAUGUUUGGACAUCCUCCAGAAUCGUUGGAGUCCAACAUAUGAUGUGUCCUCUAUUCUUACAUCUAUCCAGUCCCUGCUUGAUGAACCAAACCCCAACAGUCCAGCCAACAGCCAGGCAGCUCAGCUGUACCAGGAGAACAAGCGGGAAUACGAGAAGCGAGUGUCAGCCAUCGUAGAACAAAGCUGGAGAGACAGUUGACUUGACUAUCGUGAUGGCUGCUCUCUCCAUCGUCAAGCUGUGUGUGCUGCAAGGUUUAGUGGAGAACCUCCUACUUUUUGGGCCCCCCAUCUUUUUGAUUUUAAGCUUUUAUGCACUUUAUUGUCAACUUCCCUUCAUAGGAUGUUUGUGGUUUUUGCCCUUCAAGAGUGAUUUAUUUUUUCUAUUCAAUCCCCCAUUUUCCAGUCGGGUCCAGGGAAAUGUGUUAAAUCAUGCCUUGAUGUUUUGUCAAUAUGGACUUGUGGGCCAUUACCCAAAUAUUCUGGUGUGUUCUUACAUGCUGUAAUAACUCCCCAUGACUUUAGUUAAAUGUCUUUGAGGGUGUGUGAUUUAAGUCAUGCGUCUUUGUUCUGUUGUGCUCUUUACCUUUUCGUUUGUCAGCGCCGACGUGGUCCAUCCUACCGGCUCUCUGGAGAAUGAGCAGCCCGAGCAUCACGGGCUACAACUCAGGCAUCUUUACACCGUGUCUUUUGCUGUGUUUUGAACUCUGUUACAUGCAUGGCAGAGAGUGUAUUCACCUUCCUGUUCAGUACUCAUGUAUAUAACAAACCUGCAACUGAAUUUAUGUACAGAUUUUACACUGGUUGUCCCAUCAUUUUUUCAGCACUUGUAAAUAAAAAUGUCAAAUCCA